AAAAACCAAGAUGGCGGUUGCAGGAUUCGCAUGUCCUUUUGCACGCCUUCUUUCUUGCAAGCAUAUAGUUUCUCGAAAUUUUAUUCGUAGUGUUAGAAUAUGUGAACGAGUCUGCAGCCGCCAUUCAUAUCAUAGUCUUUCUUUGCUGUCAUCUUGCCACGUUGCAGUAAGAUCUCUUUCUAGCUCGUCCUUCGUGAAGCGCAGAAAUUCCAGAAAUAGUAUAAUUCUCUUCGCCUCUUCACAAGCAUUGUUUCAGCAUGAUCGUAGGUUAGUAGACUCUCGUGAGCACAAUGCUCUCCAUCCUUAAUGUAAUUCAGAAUUGUUGCAGACGGUGUGGCUGUUUAAAGGAAUUGUUAAUAUUGUGAUAUUAUUUAAGUUAAGUUAUUAUGUAAUAGUUAACUCAUUGACAUUAUUUGCCCUCUUUCGUGAUAUUGUACCACCUGAAUAGCGGUCAACGGCAUGCAGUAACUGUAUUUUUUAACUACACCACAUUAAAAAAAUUGUAACAACAGAGUAUUUCUUUCCUAAGGCUAGGAGGGGAUUCCCCUCUGUAAGGGAGGCACAUCUCUUUAUCAUAUUGCUGGGCUGGGUAUGGUGUUUUUUAUCUCUAUCCUGAAUGGCAUGUGAAAUUUUAAACAACCUCACCCUAAACAGAGUCUCAUGUUGAACUUUAGUUCAGAUUUCCCCUUGGAGAAGUAGGUCUAAAAUUUGAUUUACUACAGGCAACCUCAUGGCUGUCUAAAUUUACCUUUCUUCAUGUAAUUAAAUUACUUGCCCACGCCCUUACCCAUAGUUUCUUGGAGGACUGCAAAAUUUACUCAUCCCAGACAACCAAAAAGGACUUUUUUCAAAUCCUGUGAUCUGGUCAUAAUAAUGUAUUAUACCAGUACUUCCAUGUAAAGUGCAUGUAAUUACAAAUGUUUUUUUUNGCUGGGUAUGGUGUUUUUUAUCUCUAUCCUGAAUGGCAUGUGAAAUUUUAAACAACCUCACCCUAAACAGAGUCUCAUGUUGAACUUUAGUUCAGAUUUCCCCUUGGAGAAGUAGGUCUAAAAUUUGAUUUACUACAGGCAACCUCAUGGCUGUCUAAAUUUACCUUUCUUCAUGUAAUUAAAUUACUUGCCCACGCCCUUACCCAUAGUUUCUUGGAGGACUGCAAAAUUUACUCAUCCCAGACAACCAAAAAGGACUUUUUUCAAAUCCUGUGAUCUGGUCAUAAUAAUGUAUUAUACCAGUACUUCCAUGUAAAGUGCAUGUAAUUACAAAUGUUUUUUUUUAUGAGUAUCAUGCAAUGCACUACAAUCUACUUUUCCUUAUUUUGUUUUAACAGAUAUUGUUCAACCAGUCCUCAGGUUGAACAAUCUGAAAGUGACCCACAGCUUUUAACAAAAUCACAUUUAUUACACCUUUGUGAAACAAUAAAAAAGGUAACAAUAAUGUAUGCAUAAAUUUUAAUAAAUGGAGAUCUACACAUGUAGGAUUAUUGCAAAUUUUGACCCCUCCCCCCCACCACCACCCUCCCAAAAAAGAAGAAAACAAAAGAAAUUGGAGGGACUUCAACAGGAUUUGAGCCCACAGCCUCUGUAUUAGCAUUGCAUGCAGUGUUCUACCAAUUGAGCUGUGAAGAACCAUACAUUUGGAGCAGGCCAAUUUGUUGAGUUCUUAACGUGCGAAAGAAAUGACAUGUUGAUCAGAUGAUGAUGUGGACUGUGGAAAUAGAAAUUAUAGAUAGUAACUAAUCAUAUAAUGAACAUCAAUGGAAAGAAAUAUAAACUUGUCAGGUUCCUUUGCCAAGCUGAAUAAAUUUCUCCUCAGUCAGCCAUUAAUGAUAUGUAUUAUUCACAGUGGUUACUGGAGAGCAACCCUCCCUUCCUACCCCAAAAUAAAAUUUAUUAAUUAAUAAAUCCCUUAGUAGAGUCAUAUGAAGAAACUCUUAGUGUCCAAACAUUAUAUUAUUCACUAAGGAGUUGUUGAGCCAGUCAGUCAGGCUUUUGUGUGAUUUGUGAACAAAGUAGAGAGGAAGCACUACUAAAUACAUUUAAAUAGUGAAUUUGUAGGUCUAAGAAGUAAAUUUAUCGUAAUAUAGGCUUUGAGAAUGUUGCUGAAAUAUAAUUAAAAUUUUGUCCUCCAGGAACUGAACACUUCCAUAAGACCACUUAGAGAUGUAAGCCAUUACUACUUCGAUGGACAGGGGAAAUAUAUUAGACCGAUGAUUGUAUUACUUACAGCUAGAGCAUGUAACAAUCACAUUUCUAAUUCAAGGUUUGUGUAAAUCUGGGGGUUGGAGGGCUGAAGGGUGUGGUUUUUUGACCCCUUUUGGUCUGAAAUCGGGUACAGAUUUUAACCAUUUGUGUGUUAAAUGCGGAAAAUUUUUUUAUAUGCUUUGUAACAAAAUUAAGUAAUUAAGUAAGUAAGUUUAUGACUGAAAUAGGAUAGAAAAAAAUGACAUUUAGAUAUUGCAAAGAGAAAUUUGAUGCUGAUAUGUCUUAGGCUUUAAGGAUUAAAGCUUAACCUGUUCGCCCCUGAACCACCCGUGCAGAUCCAUGUCCCUUUUACCACUUGUGACGCCAUCAGAUUUAAUGGUCAAGGACAACUAACUUGUGCAGAGUAAAAUGACCUUUCAAACCAUACCAGAAUGAGCACAAUUCAGUGAAGGACCCCAGAGAAAAAAACAUACAAAAAACCAUGUAACAUUGACCUGAACAUUUCCAUGAAAAUCUUUUUCCACCAUCGACCUACCUUUUCUUUCAUUUUAUAUUUCUAAGAUCCAAAAAAAUUUCCUGAACACUUUUUUCAACUUCACAAACUUCAAUAUUUUAUGUCUGGAUCAAAAAGCUGUGAAGUGUAUCCCCUGUAGACGGCUUUGUGGUAUGUUUUAGCUCUUUAUAGCAAGACAGUGACCAGAAAACUGCUCAACUAGCUUCAAAAUGCAUUCUUCAGUAACAUUUCCAGGGGCAAAUGGGUGAAAUAUGAGUGCACAGUUAUUUAUAUAGAGAUUAAGAAUCAUGUUUAUGGCUUAACUAACAGCAAACGUCAUGUGCAUGCAAGGUGACAAUUUUCCAUUUUAGGAAAUGAGCGGAUAAAAACUUUCUGAGACAAUUCACACACAUGUAUGGAUGAACUGGCAAAAAUCUACUGAUUUCUGUGCUGACAAAGUAAAUGUUAAACAGCAGAUUAGGGCAAAACUUGCUCACGUGGUACAAAUAUUGAUGUUUGUCAUUUGCCGUAAAAGUAAUUCUAAAUCUCCCUAAUAAUAUCGUAUUUACCGGUAUUCAAUUUUUUAGGACCAUACUACCUUCCCAAGAAACUGUUGUCAUGGUAUCAGAGAUGAUCCACACUGCCAGCUUAGUUCAUGACGAUGUUAUAGAUGGUGCCGAUACAAGGCGGGGCAAGACAUCUGUGAAUAAGAUGUUUGGAGAAAAGAUGUCUGUCUUAGCAGGGGAUUACAUUCUUUCUUGUGCUUCCCAGGCACUGGCUCGGCUUGGAAACGCUGAAGUUGUCGAAUUGUUAGCUAAAGUUGUAGAUGAUCUUAUCAAAGGUUAUUAAAUCUGUGCUGUAUUUCCUAAAAUAAUAACCCCCCAGUAUUAACCCCAGGACUGAAAUUUUGCUAAUAGAUUAGAAAUAAAUACAGUGUAUUACAGAUGGUAUUUUACAGACUUGACCGAAAAACAUGUUCACAAGGUUGUGCUCUAAGAAAAGUUGAAGGGAGCCUAAGGCUCUGGACCUCUGGAAUCCAGGGUGACCAGUAUAUGAUUUCUGUGAAAACAGCUAAGAUUUGCUGGUCGCCCAUGGGGCCACCCAGCAGUGUUAGAGAAUAGUCUUCUUACACAUUCAGUCACUUUCUGUGUUUUAUAUUUUUGUCAACUGGUGAUGUUGUUUUCUUGUUUAACAUGGGCAUGAUAAAUCAGAUGAGGAGGCUGUUUUCAGAAUUUAGCUUGUGUCUCCUCAGUUUUAAGCCAUUUUUAGAUUAUUAUUAAUGUCAAAAAAAAAAACUUUUUGGAGUGAAGCCUUUUUGUUGUUUAUUAACUACAGUGAUCACACGUUUUAAGUCUCAAACAUGUGAUGGAGGAACAUUUUACUGGAUUAGAUAAACAGAAUAUUUAUGUUUGUUGCAGGAGAGUUUAUGCAGUUGGGAUCUAAAGAACACCCAGAUGAGAGGUUUAACCAUUACUUAGAGAAAACAUACAAGAAGACAGCCAGUUUAAUAGCUUGUUGUUGUAAAGCGGUAAGUCUUCAGACAUUAAUGUACUCUAGUAGGAACUGUGAGUUUAAAAUGUUUAUUCUAAAUCCCUCCUAUUAAAAUAUAGUUUACUUGUACGCUAAUUCAUGGUUCCAAAUGGAAAAUACCUUGAAAUUGUAAUAACCCGAUUCUAAAAGUGGUCCAAAGUCACUCAAUCAAAAGGGAGGGGUUUUAGAGGGUGACUUUGAACCAUGUUAUCAGGCUAGCCAUUGUAGUGUUUCAAAGAUUUUUAAAACAACAACAUUGACUUUAUUAUAUUGAACAGGUAUAAUUACAUCAACAUGGGGAAUUUAUAGGAAACCCUUAUGGGCUUUUACAAGAUUCCUCUUAUUUGAAGUACAUUUUAGUGUAACUUAACGGAUUUUAUACAUUUUUAGGUUUCUGUAUUUGGUGGUUGUAGCCCUGAAAUUCAAGAAAUAGCCUAUCAAUAUGGAAAAAAUAUAGGAAUGGCUUUUCAGGUAUGUUUGCUGCAUUUUAAGAUCAUUAAUUAAGGUGUAACAUUUGUAAGUCCUAACUUCACGUCACUUGUUUAUCCUUUUUCUUCCAGAAUCAAUUGUGAGACAGACUGUAAAUAAAACUCUAUAGUAUGACCAUUGAAAUGAAACUUUUUCAGCAGUAAUUUUUUUUGGUACCGUUUGGAUAAUUUAGAAUUUUGCUGAAUCUUGCAGAUUUUUAAAUCGUUUAGUUUAUAAGGAUAAAAUGGAAUGUGUUUCUCCUUCCCCCUUACCCCAUUGGAGGUUUAUAAUAAUACUGGUUUUAACAUUCCCACCUUUCUGGAAAUCCCAGGCAGUUUUGGUUUAUACUUUCCUGAAACAGGAAAAAAGUUGUCAUUGAUAAUAAUUUUUAGCCUAAAUUUCAUCCAAUUACUUCAAGUCGUUAUUACUCCCUCAGUUACGUCGUUGUUGAGAGGAGAAAACGACUCGAAAAAAUGGGAUGAAUUUGAGGCUAAAUAAUUUUAUUACAAAUUGUUCUUUUUGGCAUUAUUUUAGGUUGUAGAUGAUAUUCUAGACUUUAUAUCAACUGACGUGGAAAUGGGAAAACCAACAGCCACAGAUUUACAACUUGGGCUGGCAACAGCUCCCGUGUUAUUUGCUUGUGAACAGGUGAAGGAAAAUGUUAAGAAAAUUGUCAAACCAUGGGCAUACCCCUGCAGUUUUUUCUUUAUGGUUGUCCUGUAAUAACGAGAAUAUGGAUUAAUGUCAGUGCAUUUUAGAACAUGGUGUAGAGUCAAACAGGAUCUAUUACUNCGUGUUAUUUGCUUGUGAACAGGUGAAGGAAAAUGUUAAGAAAAUUGUCAAACCAUGGGCAUACCCCUGCAGUUUUUUCUUUAUGGUUGUCCUGUAAUAACGAGAAUAUGGAUUAAUGUCAGUGCAUUUUAGAACAUGGUGUAGAGUCAAACAGGAUCUAUUACUCUAGACAGAAUUUAAAUGAUGAUAAUUAAAGAAAAUAUAUUGAGCUUCAUAUCCCACUGCCUUAGAAUAAAAGUACUGGGUAGUACAGGUCCUGGUUGUUCAAACGUGGGAUAGUGCUAUCCACCAGAUAAAAAUCUAUCCAGUGGAUAACGCAGUUGGUUUUCCUAAGACCGUAUUUAUUUGAUUAACUGCCCUGGGCGCUUAUUAAAUUUUUGGACUUUGAGAGUGGGCGCUCAUUUGAAGUGGGCACUUCUAUAAUCUUCACCAUUUUCGGCAAGUGUAAUAAGUUUAUUUAGCAACAAUAAAUGGUAAUAAUAAAAUGUGAAGAUGUAACGCAGCAAGGUUUCUCUGAAAUACUCUGAACAAAACUUCGUGUUCAAGCAAGUCUCUUAUAAGUACCUAUUCAACGUUUUUUGGGUGGGAAGGGAAAGGGGAUGGGGUGGGGUGGGCGCUUAUUCGAGGUGGGUGCAAGUUCGAGGUUGGGCGCUUAUUUGAAUAAAUAUGGUACUUUUCUGCUGGAUAGUGACUUCUCUAGUGGAUAGCAUUUUCCACCUUUUGAACAAUCAAGGCUACACAUUUUUGCAUUUAGUGCAGGCAAGCAAAGUUAAAUGUGAGGCGAGGGGUGAACAAGACACGCCUUGUCCUUCACCCUCUAGCUUCACACAUCUCUCACAAUCAAUUCUUGCCCUGUGCUUUCCUUUGCUUGUCUAAAAAGAAAGAGUGAUAUAACCUGUUCUGUAGGCUACACAGUAAGUACUAGCCAUUAAUAUAAACCCCUCUCAGAAAAAAUUUCUUACAUCAAUAAGGCCCCUCCCUUGAGAACAAGGUGGCACAUUGUAUAAACUCAUACUCCAUCUUAUGUUAUCAUUAGCAUGCUAACUUAACUCGUUGCGUGUACUUUUUUCAUUACAGUUCCCUGAUCUUAAUGCCCUUAUUAUGCGGAGAUUUAAAGGACCCAAUGAUGUAGAAGAAGCUCGACAAGCAGUGCAUAAGGUAAAUAUUGCCAGAAUUAAAAGGGUACCCCUUAGUUUUCAUAUUUUGUCAUUCACUAGAGGUUGACAGGAUUUAGAGAAACUCAUUGCCCUGCUCUUAAUAUCCAUUGUACGUGGAAAAAGGCCCCUUUGAUCAUGAGAUCAAGUGACACGUCACAUGGAUGAAAACCUAGUGUUAUGAGGGUGAAGUAGCAUACAUUCAGUCCAGCACAAAGCAGGCAUGGAUUACUUUGUUUCCCCUUAUAUUGUGCUCUGUUUUUGUGCCCUGCUUUCUUUCUGGAAAUUAUACAUACUGCAUAAUGGAGAAAAGACAGGCAAAAGCUUCAUGGCCCGAGCUUACAUAUAAUACGAGGGGUUUCUUUUAGCCUAGUGGGCAUGUUUUCCUCUAUUUGACAUGAUUAAUAGGCACAGUUGUUCCCAUAACUGAUGUCAAAUUAUUGUGCGCCACCAAAGCUGUUUUGAACAUCAUUUGUCAUGAGUGUCAUGAUAUGUGGUUAAAUAGUAAUUUUUCACGUGGGUCGGUCACUUUUUUAAUAUUGCUUUUGUUUUUCAGAGUGAUGGUAUAGCCCGCUCCUAUACAUUGGCAAGCCAGUACGCUAAGGAAGCAGUGAGACAAAUCAACAAAUUGUCUCCAUCUCCCCACAGAGAUGCCCUGGUCAAAAUCACACAGGAAGUCUUAAAACGAAGAAAGUAGAUUCCUGCAACGGCUACCACUGCCGCCACUGGGGGAGGGGGUACUCAACAGAUGUUUACACGGGGAGGCUCCUCCCCAGAGUCCCUACCUCUUACCUUUUAUAUACCAUUUUUUCACGAAAAGGGUACCCGUUUAGUAUGUUUUCUAUUGACAAAUGGUAUCUUUUUCACAUACCUUUUAACUGCUGUAAAUGCACUGUCUUUUAAAAAGGAAUCAAUCACAAGUAUAGAACGUUUUCUCUCGUUUUCUCUCAACCUCGUCCAUCCCUUUUGGAGCCUUUUACAGACCCAAAUGACAGAUUUCCCUUGCCUUUAAUAUACUUCAACGAGUGGGAUCCCUUACCCCUUUCGAGCGGGGCCUCCCCGUAUAGGCCNGAACAUCAUUUGUCAUGAGUGUCAUGAUAUGUGGUUAAAUAGUAAUUUUUCACGUGGGUCGGUCACUUUUUUAAUAUUGCUUUUGUUUUUCAGAGUGAUGGUAUAGCCCGCUCCUAUACAUUGGCAAGCCAGUACGCUAAGGAAGCAGUGAGACAAAUCAACAAAUUGUCUCCAUCUCCCCACAGAGAUGCCCUGGUCAAAAUCACACAGGAAGUCUUAAAACGAAGAAAGUAGAUUCCUGCAACGGCUACCACUGCCGCCACUGGGGGAGGGGGUACUCAACAGAUGUUUACACGGGGAGGCUCCUCCCCAGAGUCCCUACCUCUUACCUUUUAUAUACCAUUUUUUCACGAAAAGGGUACCCGUUUAGUAUGUUUUCUAUUGACAAAUGGUAUCUUUUUCACAUACCUUUUAACUGCUGUAAAUGCACUGUCUUUUAAAAAGGAAUCAAUCACAAGUAUAGAACGUUUUCUCUCGUUUUCUCUCAACCUCGUCCAUCCCUUUUGGAGCCUUUUACAGACCCAAAUGACAGAUUUCCCUUGCCUUUAAUAUACUUCAACGAGUGGGAUCCCUUACCCCUUUCGAGCGGGGCCUCCCCGUAUAGGCCAUCAUAGAGAGUACCCCCCGCCCCUAGGGACUGCCGCAAGCCUCUCUGUACCCCUCUCUUUGGUCUUGAAAACGUACCACACGAAAAGAGUUAAUAAACAAGUCACCCUCCCUUUGAUAACUACUUUACUUGUGAUUUUACUAUCAAACUCGCUAACGGGAUACCUACCUCGCGCCACAGUCUUAUAGUUUCUUCAGUUGAGUGUGGACAUCCUCCUGGAAUAAAUCUUUCUGAACUCGAUAAACAUGAUUUUUCACGUAGGACAUUGUCGGGUACGCC